AUGGCUUACUACAAUCGUGCGGGCGGAUCGCAAAGGAGGGAUGAUCCCGAUCCAGACGAGAUCGAGCUGGUAAAUUUUGACGUGAGUCUAAGCUGCACUCGACUCACGGCUACCUGCUCGUGAUGGUGAAGCUGACCAUCGGAUGCCAAGCCUGCUUCAGGAAGAGUCUAGCAAGGAUGUAAUACUUUUCCUCAUCGACGCUGGCAAGCGCAUGCAGGACACUCUGGUCCCAUCCACAGCAACAGAGAACGCAGUGCCUGGCAGCAGCCUCGGUGCGGUCAAGUUGGACGAGAAUGCACCACGAGUCAGUCUGCUGCAUCGAGCCCUGGAAGGCGCAGUCAGCCUGAUGCGCAACAAGCUAGUCGCAUCACCGCGAGAUCUAGUGGGGAUCAUGCUCUAUAAUACGGAAGACACGAGCAUGGCAGAGUUGGGAAAGACAUCCAUUUACGAACACACGUACAUGGUCGAGCCGGUCGGCAUGGUCGAUAUCGGCAAUCUUGCAGGCUUGAUCGAUGAUCUCGACCUGUCAAGGGAAGACCCUACCUACUUGCGAACCCGCUACAAGCCCAUGGUCACCGAGAUGCGCAUUCAUCAUGCAUGGAUGAAUGCAGGUGCCAUCAUCAAACAAUACGCCAAGACGGGAAGCAAGCGCAUCUUUUUUGUGACGCAGAACGACGACCCUUAUGCCGGCAAGAUGAAUAGAGACGGGGUUGGAAGGCACUUGGCAGACAUGGUGCGGGAGAUGGCAAAGAGACAGGUCGAGUUCGAGCCUUUCCUGCUAGAGACGGACAAUAAACCUUUCGAUAUCAGCAAAUUCUGGGGCGUAAGUACGCACUGCGCUGAGUAAGCCUUCGUCUGAGCUCACUACGAAGCAACAUGCGCCUUUCGGUACAACAGCCCAUAUUCGCUGCAGGUUUUCAAGAUGGCAACAUGUCUGCAUCAUCCAUGUCUCGCUCGCAGACGCCGGCAGACCUUGGUCAGGGACCACGCGCGCUCAAGCUGGAAGAUCUCGAUGAACACGUCGCCAAGACUCACACUCCCAAGCGCGUCAAUUUCCGUGGUCCAAUGAAGUUCGGGAGGGGGUGCACCAUUGGCGUCAAAGGGUGAGCAGUCAUCGAGACGGGGUACCUUGGAGUCUACUGUUUGUGCUGCAACCUUGUGCCUCGCUUUACACCCACGCCUUUACAGAUAUGGGAUGGUUAAAAAGGCCGAAAAGGGAAACCCAAUCAAAGUGAUGGAGGACAAGUCAGCCGAGUCAGACGGUGGACCCAUGUCAUAUCUCGAGAUUGACGUUCGAACCGAGCAGUGGUGCAAGGUAAGCGAGUUUGAGCCACAGAGGGUUAAUGCAUGGCUGUUUACCAGGGACAUGCUACUCUUCAGGACACUGGACGCACGCUCAAUCCGUCGGAGAUUGAGACUGCCUUCAGCUUCGGAACAGACUCUUCUUUGAGAUCCAAAGUGCGCUUCAGUCCGGCUGAGGUGAAGCGGCUGAGGACCUUUGGGCAAAAGCCGGGUCAGUAGGAGUCAGAGGAUGAGUCGCUCCGCUGUCAUUCUGCUCACUCUCGACGGAUGCCACAGGCAUUGAGAUCUUGGGCUUCAAACCCAACACAGAGGACUCGCUGUCCUACCGCGACAAUAUCAAGAUCUCCUACUUUCUCUACCCCUUCGACGAGGCGUGGAGAAAUUCGAAGCGCUUCUUCAGCGCUCUGCUGAGCUCGAUGAUCAGGAAAAAUGUCAUGGCUAUUGGCAUCUUUAUGCGCGUGCAAGGUCAACAACCAGUGUUCUGCGCUAUUUUGCCACAGACCGAAGAGCGCGAGAGGGGCAUUUCGCCCGGCAUGCAUCUCAUUCCUCUGCCAUUUGCCGACGAUAUCCGGGACCUGCCCGAAAAGCAUGCUGGUGCUCUUGAGGGUGCGUAUUGCUUGUCGGCUGUCAGCAAAUCUCCCAGCUGACACAUUGUAGAGUGAUGAACUAGCUGAGCAAGCACAAGUCGAGGCGGCCAAGGCCAUUAUCAAGGCGUACAGCAAGGCGAAAGAGUUUCAGCCUGAAGACUUUCCAAAUCCUGCUCUGGCGCACCAUUACGAGGUCUUGAUCAACACGGCGCUUGGAAAACCGCUACCGGGAAGCGGUGAUAUGGUGGAUGCUACCAUUCCAAAUUACGCUGGCAUAAAAAAAGUACGUCUUCUUGCCUUGAUCGCCUAUUGGCGUUUCGGAGCGACAAAAAAAAAAAUGUCCUCACAUCUAGCUCAUUCCAAAUCAAAUCGUAUCGUGGUCCAUUAGCGCGUCGGCCCUCGCAUCGCCCAGUUCAACGACUUGAUAGGCAACGAUGGACGAACAGACGUCGUUUUUGCCCCGAGCGGCAGAGGAGGUGCCGCUGUGGCGAGCUUCUCGUCAGCAGAUCAAACCAAGCUCUUGGAGUGCCACGCCAAUGAACAGAUCGCAGCAGUAAGUAUCGCAGUUCACGCUUUGCCCAUGAAGAUCGCUCAUGCACUUGCUCUAGCUCUUGCGAACUCACCACUUGAAUAAAAUCCUUUCUUCCCUCGCCCUUCCUCAGAUGAAGGUAGACGAUCUCAAGGCUGCGCUUGAUUUCUACAGACAACCAAAGUCGGGUCGCAAAGCUGAGCUGGUGGAGAGGUUGGAGCAGUACCUCGACAAGCUGGUCGCCAAGAAACAAGGUAGCGGCUAA